ACAUCCCCCGGCCCGGGCCGCAGACGCAGCCACCCAGCCAGCCAGCACCCACACGCGCGGCACCAUGCCGGCUACCGCCGUCGCGCUCCUCCUCUGCUCCCUCCUCGCCGUGGCCGGCGCCGCCAUGGACCCGGCCGAGCGGGAGGCGCUGCUGCGGGUCAUGGAGGCCGUCUCCUCCGACCGCGACUGGCGCUCCUCCUCGGGCACCGACCCCUGCGCCGCGCCCUGGCCGGGGCUCGAGUGCAAGCCCGACGCCGCCGACAAGCGGCUGAUGCGCGUCACCCGGCUCGACUUCGGCGUGCCGCCCAACCCGGCCUGCAGGGAGGUCGCCGCGUUCCCGACCCACGCCUUCUCCGCGCUGCCCCACCUCCAGUCGCUCUUCCUCGUCGACUGCUUCAAGAACCCCGCCAAAACCGCCGCGCUCGCCCUCCCGCCCGCCGCCAACCUCUCCGCGUCACGCCUGCAGCAGCUCAGCAUCCGCUCCAACCCCUCGCUGUCCGGCACGCUGCCGCCGCAGCUCGCCAGCCUGCGGUCGCUACAGGUGCUCACCGUCUCUCAGAACCCGCUCAUCCGCGGCGAGGUCCCGCGGGGCAUCGGCGAGCUCACCGGCCUCGUCCACCUCGACCUCAGCUACAACUCGCUCACGGGCCCCAUCCCGGCGCGGAUCGGCGACCUCCGGAGCCUCCAGGGCCUCGACCUCAGCUACAACUCCUUCUCGGGCCCCAUCCCGAGCAAGCUCGGCCGGCUGGCGCAGCUGCAGAAGCUGGACCUGAGCUCCAACAACCUCACCGGCGGCGUCCCGGCCACCUUCUCCGGCCUCAGAUCCCUCACCUUCCUGGCGCUGAGCAACAACGGCUUGAGCGGCCGCCUGCCCGCGGGCCUCGCCGGCCUCCGGGACCUGCAGUACCUGAUCAUGGAGAACAACCCGAUGGGCGUGCCGCUGCCGCCCGAGCUGGGCGGCAUCGCGCGGCUGCAGGAGCUGAGGCUGGCCAACUCCGGCUACUCGGGGUCUAUUCCGGAGACGUUCGGGCGGCUGACGAGCCUGACGACGCUGUCGCUGCAGAACAACAACCUGACGGGCAGGAUCCCGGCGGGGCUGAGCCGGCUGAAGCGCAUGUACCACCUGAACCUGAGCAAGAACGGGCUGGACGGCGCCGUGCCGUUCGACGGCGCGUUCCUCCGGCGGCUCGGCCGGAACCUCGACCUGAGCGGCAACCCGGGGCUGUGCGUGGAUGACCGGGCCGCCAUGAAGGAGGUCGGCGUGGACGUCUGCGGCGGCGACGGCGGCUCCGGCGCUUCCCCCGGCGGAGCGAUCGCGAGGGGCGGCGCCCUCUGGCCGUCGGCCUCCGCGCUGCUGUGCUGCUGCCUCUUGCUCUGAGACUCGUCGCAUCGCAUGGCUGAUGAUGUAGUAAUCGGACUGAUUAGUCGCUCGCUCCCUGUAUGUAAUUCUGCUGCUUUGUAGUAACGUCGAUUUGUGCAAGAAUUCGUCGAGUUGUGGUGGCGUGGCGCGGCACAGUGGCGCGCAUAGGGUUUUGUCUCGUGGCUUGUUAGGCUGGGCCAUAGCGGUCAACGAAAGCGCCGGGGACUACUGGAGUGCUAAUCAUACUGUCUUCAAUGCACUCUGCCUGUGUCCUCUGUUGCGUGGAGCCGAUUGAGCUGGUCAUGCGCUGCAUUUUGCAUCAGUUUUCAGUUGCUGAUCUGAUCUCCCUGUAGCAUUGUAGUACUCACUAUGGCUUUGUGCUUGCCA